UCCGCGCCGCGCGCUCGCGCAGUGCUGCGCGCGCACUAUAUUCAGUUCACGGCCGCUCUAUUACCGGACGGCUAUUUCGGCGCAUAAUAUUCUGAACGGUGCGGAGUAGUGUUCAGUUCGGCGCGGCAGGUGCGCGGGCCGAGGUCGCGAUGGAGCCGCGCGAGCCCGCGUGACGGCAUGGAGCGCCGCUGCCGGCACCGCCUCGACGCCGCGCCCGACCCCAUGACCAAGCUGCCCCGCCGCCGCGAGAAGCCCCGCGAGCGAUGGCUGCUCACGCGCAAGACCUGGAAGUACAUGUCCGAUGCCGGCCGCCGGCUGAUCCCCGAGGGCGCCAAGAACUGCGCCGAGGAUCUGCCGCGCAUCGAGGCAUACUUCCAGGAUGUCUGCCAGAAGGAGCCGCGGUUCCUGCUCUGGAGGAAGAGCUCCUACCCAGGAGCGAUCCCGCGGCCGCGGCGCAAGAAGCGCACGCGGGGCGGCUCGGUGCGGGCGCGGUCGCCUUCCGACGACGCGCAGCCGCCGUCCAGGCCCACUGAUCUCUACAUCGGACACACCUCUGGUGGGCGCUUUGAUAUCGCCAAGCUUCGGCGAGAUUUCUUCGCUUCCCCGACGCCGCCGUCCCCGUCCACGUCCGGAUUCAACUCGCGACUUCCGGCCGGGCCGCCUGCGCCGGUCGUCACCGAAGAAGAGGAGGAAGAGAGCAAUCUCAUAGAUCUACUACGAAAGUACCUGAAAUUAGAGGCUGACUCGGGUCCGAAAAAGGUUUCGGAAAGUGAGGAGUUAGUGCGGUAUUUAAAGAAGUAUUUAAAACGUCAAUCGGAGCGCGUGCCGGCCGACGCGGACGAGUCCGGGCAAAGGACCCUGCGUGAGAACCUCGGCAGGUACUACAGCCGGGCGCCCAACCGUGAUAACAUAGUGCAGGACUUGUUGACCGAUAGAAAUCUUUUACAAAAACUGUAUCAUGACUUGCGUAAAACUAAGCCGUAUAGAGGCGGUCGGAGCGGCGGUGGCAGCGCCGGCGGCCCCCGUGGUGGAUAUGGACCCAGUGCAUACGGGAGUGCCGGCCGCAGUGGUUUACGGAGUAGGACUGUGCGUGUGGACGAUGGGGUGGACUCUAUGCGGUCGCCGCCGACGUCUCCACCGCCGCUCAUCGAAAUAGUUGGCGAAUCGUUUGAAGAUAAGUAUGUGGAGUGCGGGACGCAAACAGUACCGAUUCCUGAGGAGGUGUUGUUGGAAUUGGAGCGAGCGUACCGGGACAAGCUGGAGGCGCAGACGGCGCCGACCAGCCCCACCAGCCCGCCGCCCGAGCGCAAGCCGGCGCGCCGCCGCUCCAGCGUCGACCACGACGACGUCUCACAGUCCGUCAGCGACACCAUCAAGCGAUACCUCAGAAUGGCGCGGAAGAAGAGCGUAGACGCCGACAAGGCCGACCGCUUCAAGCGCAUAAACUACGAUAAAAACUUGCGAAAUAUAAAACCUAAACCUCCAGGCGAAGUGGAUGACGAUGGUCUGAAUAAAGGUUGUCAAACAGAAGAAGGUUGGAUAUUAACAUAUAGGGAGUUGCAAUUCGCGUCAGUGGCGUCGACGCCUACAUCGCCACCAUCCCCGGCGUCUCCUACGCAGUCGCACUCGUUCCUAUCGACCCUGCUAGGGCGCAGCGCACCUACAAUGGCUCCUCCCCCAGGUGGCAUGCAGAAGUCGCGGUCGUCGGGCAGCGUGGUGCAGAGCAUGGGAAAGCGGCUGUGGCGGACCAGGAGUCGAAGUUCAAGCAGGGUCUCCGCGUCAUGGUCUCCUCAGGGCAGCUGUUGCUGGGCGGACGGCAGCGGGCGCUGCGUGAAGCUGACAGACACGUCGCUGCUGACGCUGAGCGAGGUGGAGCGGCGCGCGCUGCAGCAGGCGGCGCUGGCGCGGCUGCAGCAGCUCAACCUCGGCACCACCAUCAAGAUCCCCGACGAGAACGCGGCGGUAGCAACGACGAAGCCAAAGCGGCGCGCCUACCUGCUCAAGAGGAAGGCGCUCACCACCGGCUUCUUCGACCAGAGCCGCAAGGACGACAAGGAGAAAGAAUCAACAGCAGGCAGUGUAUUCGGGGUGCCUCUGGCGCAGUGUGUGGAAACAGAGCGGGCGCUGCGAAGACAGCAGCAUGGGGGCUCCAGGGCUUCGCUGGCGUCCCUCAGCGCGCUCGAGAAAGGGGAUGAUAGUGAAUCCUGCGACUCCGGUGAAUGGGGGUGGGCAGGACUGGAGGAGGCAGGUGGCGGGGGACCUAGGGUCCCUGCCCUGGUGUCAGCCUGCCUCGCACACCUCCGACGCCAUGGUCUGAGAACACUCGGUCUGUUCAGGGUAUCUGCUUCUAAGAAGAGAGUUAGACAGUUAAGAGAAGAGUGGGAACGAGGCCAGGAUGCGGCGCUAGACGCGGCAGUGUGUCCACAUGACGUGGCCACGCUGCUGAAAGAGUUCCUGCGCGACCUGCCCGACCCGCUGCUCUGCAGGGACCUGUACACGGCCUUCCUGCAGACGCAGAAAAUCCGCAACCGCCGUCUCCAAUGGGAAGCUCUGAAGCUGAUAGUGCAGCUCCUGCCAGCAGCCCACCGAGACACCCUCAACGCGCUGCUGUCGUUCCUGGCUGAACUGGCAGCGCACUCCGAAGACGGACGAGAGCCUGGCAAUAAAAUGGACGCAGCCAAUCUGGCUACGGUCUUCGCGCCCAAUAUACUGCAUAGGAAUAAGCCUAAUGAAGCUGCGAGUGCAGAGCAGCUAUCAGAGCGAGCCGACGUGAUCAACGUGGUGCGCCAGCUGGUGGAGCGGCAAGGAGAGCUGUGGACGUUACCAGCCGAGCUGCUGCAUGAGGCGUACAUCCACCUCGCGCACACCGCGCCAGCGCAUCUUGACACACUGCUGCCGAGGAGGGCGGAAUGCGCAGCUACGGAAGCGAUAGCGUCAAGCGCUGAGAACGCGGCGCGGCGCGUGUGGUCACGGGAGCAGUUCCUGCACGGAGCCGCCGCCACCGGCGGGCCCGGGAACCACUCUGCUAGUGAGUCGCAUGGCCGGCGGCGCGCGCGCGACGCUGCUUCCGACACCUCCUCUGGAUCGCUCUCCUCAGCUAUGACCAUUGUCACUAGCCGGGUGAGGAGUAGCGAGGAAUGUGGGAGUAGUGGCGUGGUGUGCACGCCAGCGUCGGCUACGCGGACUGACUCCGCGCCCGACUCCAACGAUUCCGCCAGUGACUACAAUGAGACUCUAGGUGGGUCGGAUGACGACAGCUGCGUGAUAACAGCGUCGCUCCACAUCCCGGCCGCGUUCACGUCACAGUCCCCGAGGUCGCGACCUUCAGUGCCGCCCCGGAGACGGUCCACCUCAGGCUCAGAGUCCUCGGCUAAGAGAGACUCGGCCGUAGGUUCGUCGUCGCCGGCGUCAGCGUCCAACGCGUCGUCCCCGCCCGCGAGUCCGCCGCCUGCGCCGCUGCGGGUCACCAUGACGUCUGCCGGGGAGGUUAGGAGGCCGGCUGACCGCUCCGAUAUUGACCGCCUCAUGUCGCUUGGCAGAGAACGCAACACAUCAGACGCACGCGCAGUUAUCUUAAGACAACAUGACGACAGCACAACCAGAACAAGGGUGUCAACCCGCACGGAACAAACUCACAUCGUCAGAAGAGACGACCACCGGACAAAAGAAGACCAUUCGAGAAAAGAAGAGCUUUCUAGAAAGGAUGACCAUGGGAGGAUAGAGGAAACCAGGAGAGCAGGAAGGGAAGGCACUACGCUAUACAAAAGAGGCGAGCUUAUUUCAAGCGCCCGGUCGCCGCCCACAUGACAGAUUAUAUACGUGUUUUUAUACAUAAACGUCUAUUUAUCUUUC